GUCGCUGUGCGUAGUGGCGCCCGGCCCCGCACUCUCCAUCCUCCGGUAACUGUCGCUUCCAGCCGCUGUUGCUGCCGCAGCCGCGCCUGAGAAAGGAGAUAGGAUCUGGGGCUCGAGCUGAGAACCAUACACCAUGUCUUCUGUUGCUUCAUCAAAAGAAGACACAAUGUCAUCUGAAAAAGCAGAUGAGAAACAGUCUGAAACUGAAAACAAAGACAAAGCUGAGGAAAGCGAGGAAGAAGAGGAAGAAGAGGAGGAGGAGGAGGAAGAAGAAAAGGAAAAGAGUCUAAUUGUUGAAGGGAAAAGAGAGAAAAAGAAGGUUGACCGACUGACCAUGCAAGUGUCCUCAUUGCAAAAGGAACCUUUUACAAUUACGCCAGGAAAAGGACAAAAACUCUGUGAAAUUGAAAGGAUACAAUUCUUUCUGAGUAAAAAGAAGACAGACGAACUUAGGAACCUGCACAAACUUCUCUACAACAGGCCAGGCACUGUUGCUUCCCUAAAGAAGAAUGUGGGUCAGUUCAGCGGGUUCCCAUUUGAAAAAGGAAGUGACCAAUACAAAAAGAAGGAAGAAAUGUUAAAAAAAUUUAGAAAUGCAAUGUUGAAAAGUAUCUGUGAAGUUCUCGACUUGGAAAGAUCAGGUGUUAAUAGUGAGCUUGUCACGAGAAUCUUAAACUUCUUAAUGCAUCCAAAAUCUUCAGGCAAGCCAUUGCCAAAGUCCAAAAAAACACCAAGCAAAGGUGGCAAAAAAGAGCGCAGUAGCACUGGAACAACAAGAAAAUCAAAACGCACCAAGUGUCCAGAGAUCUUGUCAGAUGAAUCCAGUAGUGAAGAAGAUGAAAAGAAAGAAAAAGAUGACUCUUCAGAAGAAAAAGAAAGUGAAGAUGAGCCUCCUAGAAAAACAUCUAAAAGAGAAAGAUCUAAAAAGAAUACUUCCAAAACCAAGAAAGCUGUGAAGAGUGCGAACGUCAAGAAGGCAGAUAGCAGCACUACUAAAAAAAGUCAGAACAGUUCUAGAAAAGAAAGCGAGUCUGAUGAUAGUUCAGAUGAUGAACCGUUAAUUAAAAAGCUGAAGAAGCCACCCACAGAUGAAGAAAUUAAAGAAACCGUCAAGAACUUGUUGGCCAAUGCAAACUUGGAGGAGGUCACAAUGAAACAAAUUUGCAAGGAGGUGUAUGAAAACUAUCCUAGUUAUGAUUUAUCUGACAGGAAAGACUUCAUUAAAAAAACAGUCAAAGAGUUGAUCUCAUGAUCUGAUUUGACUGUGGGGAAUGAAGAUUCCUGGUUUUAUGUUCCCAUGGAUUUGAAGAUCUGAUAGGCACCAGCAAAAGGAAUGUGUGUUACCCUUGGUGGUAUUUAGUCAGAGCUGAUUCUGCUGAUCUAAUGUUGAGUGUUGAUGUAAAUUGCUUUGUGUGUCUUUUUGUUUUAGUUUGGGUUUUUUUGCUUGUUUUGUUUUGGGUUUUUUUGGGGGGAGGGGGGAAAAUAAAGCUGCAUUUGAUGCAGUUUUUAGUUGAACAUACUUAAGCUUCAUGCAUGGCAAUAAAUGUUCCCUUUUUAUAGUUUUUGUACAUUUUGAAUUGCUUUGUAUAACUAGAUUCAUUAGAAACAUCAUAGCUUUUCAGUGUGGAUUACUAGCUUGCAGGAUAUUUUAAAAUUAAGUGAAAUGAAAGCUGCUUAUCUACACAUGUACAUGCAGAGACUGGAAUAUUGCAGUAUUGGUUAUAAAGAUAUUUUGAAUACAUAUCCAUUCUGAAAAUAACAAGAGUUAGUCACAUGUUAAUCUCUUUUAUAUUCUGAUACAUUCUACAGAUGCAGAAUUAUUCUGAAUCUAGAUUAUUGUCUUGCAUGUGUAGGCACUGAGAGAACUGUCAAAGCAUGGUAACUAAUUGGCAUAAAGAUGUUAUUUUUGUACUUUAGAAAGGCUUUCUGUUGUGUAUAUAAAGUUAUUUCAGAUUUC